AUGCCUUCAACCUCCCGGGCUGACCGUUACCGUCAGGCGCUAAGCACCAUUUCAGCACGGACUGGGGCCUCUUUGCCGUCGCUCAUUCUCUCUUUCGGUAUCUUGCAUGAAGUCACCGCAAUUGCUCCCUUGAUUGGUUUCUUCUAUGGAGCCCGUGUGUUUGGGGUGGGAGAGCGCGUAGCCAAUGCUGUCAUGCAAGAGGAGCCCAAUGCUUGGGCGAGGCAAAGGCUCAGGACGUGGAUCGAAGAAGGCGAAGGGUGGGCAGAGCGAGUAGGUAGACGCUACGGAUUAUUUGGCUACCAGAAGAAGAUGUGUGAUGAAGACACUGAAAACGCUACCUUUCGCCCUUACGUCCCAGGUCACAUAGCAGGAGAUGUAGCAAAUGCUGUCGUUGCAUAUGGGAUAACGAAGGCUUUGUUACCCGUACGCAUCGGCCUCUCAUUGUAUCUCUCCCCUGCUUUCUCUCGGAGAGUGGUCGAGCCCAUUAAACGGCUCGUUGUCCGACAAUUCAAAUGA